AUCGUUCAAUUCUUUUUGUCAUCUCUGUUUUCUGUCUCAUAUUCCAUAUCUAUAUUAUUCAUGGAAAUCCCAUCAACGGUCGCCCGUCAGUCAUCGCGCACUCGCCUCAUCCCAGAAAACCAGCACGGCCCACAUCUCUCCAAGGAGAUCACUCCCGGUGCUCGCGCAAUGAGCCUCGAGCGGUUAAUCCCCUUCCGAAAUGGGUGGUCAGCGGUCGAGAGGAGAAGAGCAGGUGUGUUUGCCACAUCUGUUGUUGUUGGAUUGGCAAGUGGAAGUAACUAUGGUUACUCGGCAUAUGCUCCUCAGCUGGCCAGUCAGUUGGUAAUUAGCGCAACCUUGGUCAACUUGAUCGGCCUCGCUGGGAACUUUGGCAUGUACACAUCUGGACCUGUAUGGGGUAAGAUUGUCGACUCCAAGGGGCAGAAGAUUCCGCUGCUGGCCGGGGGUCUUUGUUGUCUUUUAGGUUACGGUAUUACGCAUGCUUUUUAUACCCAUAUCAUUCCUCUUCGCUCUCCGUCAUCUGAUGACCCUUCUUACCUUCGCUUAUCUCUUCUUCUUUUUGCAAUGUUCCUUACGGGCUGCGGCGGUUCAGCAGGUCUGACGUCUGGUGUGAACGCAGUUGCCAAAUCAUUCCCGGACUCGACACGGGCUUCCGCAACGGGUGCCGUCCUUGCCGGUUUUGGUCUCAGCGCAUUUCUGUUUUCAGCUCUCGGUCAUUUGUUUUGGCCAGGCGACUCGGGAGGUUUGCUUGCUCUGUUGACAGUCGGUACUGGUGGGCCCAUGUUGUUCGCGGCGUUUAUUGUCAGAGCAAUGCCUCCCGAAGGUGAACAAAGCCUCGGCCCACCUCUGUAUGAACAAGUCGAGCAAGACGAGGACGGAGAUGGGAUGGGUGUAGAAGUCGCCGUCGGUGAUUACGGCUCCCCUACAUUUUCUCGCUCAAGCUCCUUUGAGCUCAGUCGAUCGAUGGAAUUUUCUCGCUCCCGUUCACCAGCUGCCCGAGGACGUCAUAUUCAUCCUGACCCCGACCAUCCUCAACCCCACGCUCACUUUGGCGCCCUUCCUCCGUCUCAUAAUGCUACCCAUAAACCACCUCGUUCCCGCUCAUCCUCUCUCUCGUCUUUGCCCCCGACUCUACUCACUCACUCCCCUGUUGACUUGAUCAAGACGGUCGACUUUUGGUUACUCUUCAUCAUCCUCGCUGUUCUUUCUGGGACUGGAUUGAUGUAUAUCAAUAAUGCUGGAACAGUAGUGCUCGCCUUGGCGAGAGAAGGGAAGAGGGUGUAUAAUAAGGAAAAGAUUGGCGGGUGGCAGGCAAAGCAGGUAGGGUUGGUCAGCAUUUGGAACUGUGCUGGUCGAAUACUGGGCGGCGUGUACUCUGACUUUUGCAAAACCCAUUUCCAAAUCCGACGCAUUUGGGCCCUCCCACUCGUGGCAUGUUUGUUCAUCGUCUCCCAACUCUCUGCCUUAUCUACCACACAUGCGCAAUCGCUAUGGAUCGUGUCCAGCCUUCUCGGUCUCGCGUACGGGGCAUUGUUCAACGUGAUGCCCAUGUUAAUUUUGGAAUGGUUUGGAAUGAGACACUUUUCUCAAAACUGGGGCUGGACGGCGGUAGCACCUAUCAUUGGAAGCAAUACGUUCAAUGUGUUGUUUGGGAGCGUUUAUGAUGCUAAUUCUGUUGGACGGAUAGGAUCGUUUGAUCCCGAGGGAACGGACGUUAGCGGGGUGAUGGGGAUGAUGGAUUUCAUCAAACGUGGGGGCGUUGCUCUACCUGAUGAUGGAUCACACGAUUGUCUAAUGGGCGAAGAAUGCUAUGGCUUAGCAUUCAAGUUAUCCUUUUUGGGAUGCAUUCUGGCCCUCGUACUGAGUGUUUUGGCCGGUGUGAGAAGGGAAAAGAUGAGUAAAGAGCGGAGAGGUGCCAUUUUGGCCAGGAGAACAAGUUCAGAUGAAGUUUAAUGAGUCUUCGUUAUUUGGGUUAACCUGGCCACGGAAGCUCAAUGAACGUUGUAGCUGUUAUUUCACAUCUCUUAUUAUGUCGGCAACAAAGGAGAUUUUUUUGGUAAGCUAAAAGUUAGAUAUUAGAGGGGGCUGUAACAGUACAACGGUAGUUGGCUUGUAGAUAAGGUUAUUAGGUUUGGAGAUCUAGCGCCAUUGCCCCAUAUAUAUAACGAUUUCGUGCAACGAUGCACCAGCUUAUGACGGAAACUGGAAGUUAGGUAUAUACAGUGCAGAGCAAGCAUAUUAAGCAUCAAGCAAGCAGAAAUCAUAUCACGUGAGUUAAAAACAACGAUUGAAUGGUAAGAACAAAAGGGGUGGUUAAGAAUACACGUUAUUACAAACAUUGUGCAGGUUUCCUUUGACUUUUCAUGGACAAGGUUAAGGAAAGUAGGAUGAAAUAAGAUAGACGGGACAAAUAAGUGGAGGACUUUAAUGCUAGAAGGAGAUGGUGUUGAGUCAAGGACAGGAGGACCACCAGGGGACUGGGGACUUACGAGGACAGAGAAAAGUGUGAGAAAUGAACUUUGCACAGAAAUAAU